AUGAAACACUUCUUGGAUGAUUCCAUCUAUCCAUUACCUGAUUCGAUGGUUGAUCAAUUUUGUUUACAAAUUUUACCUGAAAUUCAUCAUAAAAUCAAAUGGCUUAAUCUUGAAUUAUUAUCUAUGGAACGUAUUUUACUUGCUACAAAUUAUCCUAAUUUAUAUGGACUUGGCUUAUACGAUUUACAAAUAGAAAAAGUUAAAUAUUUUGUUACUGAAAAACUUGACUUGUGUCUUAUUGUUUGUGAAAGAAACACACUUGUUGAUGAUAAUGAUUUGAAGAUAAAUAUUAUCAAUCAUAUGCCACGAUUAAAUGAAUUUACAUUUAAUAUUCGCUCAUUCAUUCUUUAUCAAAACCAAAUUGAUCAACCAUCAAAUGAAGAUAUGCAACAUACAUUCAAAGAUUAUACAGAUAAUGAAAUUAUAUCUUGUAUUGAUUAUUUUGAAGAAAGUAAAUAUAGCCAAUGUCACAUUUAUUCAUAUUCAUAUAAAUUAAAAUAUUAUGAUAAUAUAACAAAUAAUUUUCCAGGUGGAUUAUUUAAAAAUAUUCGUGAAAUAUCAUUAUUUGAUGAACAUUCUCUUGAAUAUGAGUUUUUUCUUCAAAUAGCUCAAUAA